AUGACGACUUCCGAAGGUCCGCUACAAUUUCCCUUCUCAACCGCACUGCUCUCUGCUAUGAUUCACGAGCUCUAUGUCGCUGGACACUCAUCAAUAAGAAUCAUCUUUCGGCCUAAUUUACAGUUUAUCUUCGGCGAAUUCGCCGAGAAAGGUAUACAAUUACAACCGGAUGACAUAAAAGAAGAAGUCGGGGAAAGUAUAAAGACAUUGAGACAAGUAUUGGAUAAAUUUCAAGGACAGUUGAACUUGGCAAAAAGGCUGGACGAGGACGAGGACGAUGGUAAGAGGACGAAUUAUCAGAAUGUAGGUAGGCAGGAUUUGGAUGCCAAUAGUAGAUAUAAUGAUGUAAAAAACAAACUUAUAUCUGAGCAGAGCAAAGACCACUCGGACGAUUUCUCAACAACACAUUAUUCGGACACAUAUUGUGAUGAGACUUCAUCUGUAAGGCAUCAACCUUCCCCUCAGCGCUCUGUUUUCCCACAGCAGGAAUAUAAAUCGUCAGAAACUUCAUCGCUCCGUUCUCAACUUUUAGGCCAACAUGAUGAUUCCUUCGAUUCGUAUUCGCUCUAUAACGAUAGGCCACCGUCACCGUCACUUGAGAAGCCAGUAUGGUACCAAUUUGAUGACGUGAGGAACAAGGAUUCGCAAGAAAUGAUGUACGAACCAGUACAGCAGCCGGAAUUUAUUCCCAGAAGACUGGUUGACGAAGGACCAGACAUCUACGAGCAGUCACCAGAAAUUAUUUACAAUCCAGAAGAAAUUUUUGAUGAGCCACAAGAAACUAUUUACGAGCAAAUGCCAUAUACAAGAUACAAUUCCGGUGUGGUGGGAGGAGGAAGGAAAAAACAUGAAGCACAGCGGACGUCGAGAAAUGAUUGGUUCCCACAAGAUCGAGAAUCACGAGAAAACCGUUUCUUCACUUCGCAUCAAACCGCUCAAACUCGUCCACCACCACCCCGUUACACCGAGGACAUACCUGAACUCUGUCGUAAAGCAUUAUCCAACAGUCAAUACCGCGAACUCUGUACAUAUAUCCGCGCAGCUUUACAAGAAUCCAACAAUCCCCGACCUGAAACGCCGGAAGUCAUCUCGCAAGACCAGUUUGUUACAGAUUUCGUCGAUGAAUACCAAAAAUACGCCGACCCUGAUACACCACGGUAUAAAAAACUUCGUGCUCUCCAUCGACUUGGUGGUUAUAUUCACGCAUUUCGAAGUAUCGGGGAUCGCAUUCCAGCCAAGGAAUUAGCAAAGAUGUUGGGUGAUUCUGAGCAUGCCAUUGAAGACACAAUUAAACGUGCCACAUGGAUGUUUGAGCUAUUUAGGAGGUUAGGGAAGCUGGCACUGACUAGUAUCAGUAACAACAGUCUAAAGUUCAUCAACAAGUCGGGUAUGAAGCAGUCACAUUUUGAGGCGAUUCUUGCAUACGUUGAUGGUGUCCUUGACAAUGUUUACAUAUUACCAAACGAUCGAACGAGUAACAGGAGAUAA